GGCACGUAAUGAAGGCCAUCAAGAACGCGCUGGUGUGUCUGGUGCUGCUGCCCCGCUUCCUGCUGGCGGCGGUCAUGUUCUGGCUCCUCGACUUCCUCUGCAUCAGGAAGAGGUUCUUCCUCCGUAUGAAGACGCGGGAGGAGGAGAGCGACGCGGCGGAUCCUCCUCUGUGCGUAUCGGACUCCAACCGCUUCUUCACCCUGGAGUCCCUCAAGGCGGUGUGGCACGGCCACAAGCUGGACCUCCUCAAGGCGGCGCGCCUGGGCCGCGGUGCGCCCAACACGGAGGUGGUCCGAGUGGAGGACGAGCGACGCGGGCGCAUCCUGGACUACGCCCGGGAGAGGCGACCGCUCAUCCUCAACUUCGGCAGCUGCACUUGACCGCCCUUCAUGGCGCGCCUGAAGGCGUUCCAGGGGCUGGUGCGGGAGAACGCGGACAUCGCCGACUCGGUGCUGGUCUACAUCGAGGAGGCGCACCCGUCCGACGGAUGGGUGAGCACGGACGCGCCGUACCAGAUCCCCAAGCACCGCUGCCUGGAGGACCGGCUCGGCGCGGCGCGGCUCAUGCGCCUGGAGGCGCCCGGGUGUCUGGUGGUGGUCGACGGCAUGGAGAACCCCUGCAACGCCGCCUACGGGGCUUACUUCGCCAGACUUUACAUCCUGCAGGAGGGCGAGGUAGUUUACCAGGGCGGCAGGGGACUCGAGGGGUACCGGAUCUCGGAGCUCAGAGACUGGCUGGACCGGUACCGGGAGAGACAAGCCGGUGGUCUAGUUAUUCACGUGUAGGGCUGCUAUUAUAGAAGACAAACACAAAAUGCUGCAUAUUUUCUUAUAACUCCACUUUAGAUCCUUCUUGUAUUUUCAUAUGAUGUCCAAGCAACCUUUUUUUUUUGUUUUUUUGUUUUUUGGAUUAUACCUUGCAAAGAAAAAGAAAAAAGGUUAGUUUGUGUUGAUUGUUUUUAUCAUGAUGUUGAACAAGUGGACAUCACGUGUCGCUCCUCGGUAUUGUUGUGAAGUUCGGUUCUGAAACGGUCCACGUCCGGAGAACCGGUACUGAUGUGAUGAGAUGCCGAGGAGCACCUAGUGCGCUGCUCGCUUGUUCUUAUCACUGCACUCCACUCUUUGUGUACAUAUAAUGUGUAAAUGUUUUUUUUUUCAUACAAUAAACUGUCAUC